GGGGUCCACACAGCAGGGUGGCCAAAAGGGCUGGGGAGGAAUGGGGAGGAUGUGUCUAGGAGCAGAACUUGUCUUGGUUAAUGAGCUAGGAAUUUUUCCUGAUACCAGCCAAGUCUGUCCUUCAACAACAUUUAUGGAGUGUUCUUUUAUGCUUAUCCUUAUUCUGGGUUCUAUGUGUGUACGAGUGCGUGUGUAUGUGUGGGGUGGGAGGAAGCAAAGACAGCAGGAAAGGGCAGAAGUCAUGGCUUAGACCCAAGUUUCACUGGGUUUGCCAAGCAUCUUCUCAGGGGGUCUGUUGGAUGGGAUGAACGUGAGGAAAUUUACCUCCUUACAAUCCAAGGGGCAGUGGAGGUGAAGAACAGAAUGGAGUGUGCUUGGCCUGGGCUUUCUGAAUACAGAGGAGAGAUAGAGUCCAGAUGUGGACAGCGAGGCAUCAAGAAAGAUUGAUGUAACAGGAACUGGGAAGAAUUGGGGGAGCAGAUGGGCCUGUCUGGAGGAAGAGUGUCUCCUAAUGAACAGGGGGACGAGCUUGGGGGGAGGAGGUGAGAGAAUUUGAGAUGUCUUCUUGAACAUCAAACUGAAGUUGUUCUAAAUUCAGAUUUGGAGAGUUUGCUCAUUCCACAGAAUGACUCUCUUUAUGAUAAUUUUUAGGGCUUUGGGCUAGUGCACUGCCUUACAGGGAGUCCCUGUGUGGCGCAAAGGGUUAAUGUACUCAGCUGCUAACCAAAAGGUUGGAGGUUGGUUUCCACCCAGAGGAGCCUUGGAAGAAAGGUCUGACAAUGUGCUUCUGAAAACCAGCCAUUGAACACCCUGUGGAGCACAGUUAUACUCUGACACACAUGGGGUCACCACGAGUCGGAGUUGACUCAAUGGCAACUGGUACUUGUUUGCUCUUUUUCAAGGAAGAAAGGCUUGGUGGUCUACUGAAAAUCAGCCAGUGAAAACCCUAUGGAUCACAAUGGCCUGAUCCGCAACUGAUCAUGGGGAUGCCACAGGCAGUGCUUCUUUUCCAUUGUGCAUAGGAUCACCAUGAGUCGGGGACUGACUUGACAGCAGCUAACAACAAGAGAGGUUUUCAAAAUAUGGGAAACCUUUCUUCCAUGGCUCAUGACAUACUCUUGAAUCAAGCCAACAGAAUAAUUUUCUGAUUUUUGAUAACUUAAUUUUCUUUGGGGCAAGGGGAAUACUUUUAAGAAGGACUCUUCUUACCCAUACAUGGUUUCACUACUCAAUUUCCCAGCACCGAUUUAUGCCCAAGGACGCUGAUCAGAGCUGCAGAUGAGGAUGGAAAGUGUGCGCUGCAGGCUGGCCUGUUUCUUGGAGGACCUGGAGGACAAAGACUUUAAAAAAUUCAAAAUGCUCUUGGAAGACUAUCCUUCCCAAGCGGGCUAUGUCUCACUCCCUCGGGGCCAGACAGAAAAGGCAGACCACCUGGAUCUAGCGACCCUGAUGAUCGACUUCAAUGGGGAGAGGAAGGCGUGGGGCAUGGCUGUGCAGAUUUUUGCUACAAUCAACAGGAGAGAUCUUUAUGAGAAAGCUAAAAGGGAUGAGCCCGAGUGGGAUAGUGCAGUUGAUUCUACACCCAAUGUGAUGUGCCGGGAAGAAAGCAUUGAAGAAGAGUGGAUGGGUUUACUAGGGUUUCUUUCCAAAAUCUCUUUUUGUAAAAAAAAGGAAGAUUACUGUAGGGCAUACAGAAAACAUGUAAGAAGCAGGUUCCAGUGUAUUGAAGACAGAAAUGCACGUCUGGGUGAGAUUGUGAGCCUCAACAAACGGUACACCCGGCUAAGUCUUGUCAAGGAGCACCCCAGCCGAAAGGAGAGGGAGCAUGAGCUUCUGGCUAUCGGUCAAACUGCGGCCAAGACCAGGGACAGUCCCACGAGUUCCAUCAAGAUAGAACUCCUGUUCGAGCCUGAUGAAGAGGAUGCUGAACCUGUGCACACAGUGGUGUUCCAGGGAGCGGCUGGCAUUGGGAAAACAAUAUUGGCCAGGAAGAUUAUGUUGGACUGGGCGUCGGGGCAACUUUACAAAGACAGAUUUGACUAUUUAUUCUACAUCCACUGUCGGGAGGUGAGCCUCAUGACACGGAGGAGUCUGCGAGACCUGAUCGUUAGCUGUUGCCCUGACCCAAACCCUCCCAUAUCCAAGAUAGUGAGCAAGCCGUCCAAGAUCCUGUUCCUCAUGGAUGGCUUUGAUGAGCUGCAAGGUGCCUUUGAUGAGCACACAGGGGAGCUCUGCACAGACUGGCAGAAGGCAGAUCGAGGUGACAUUCUCCUGAGUAGCCUCAUUAGAAAGAGGCUGCUUCCUGAGGCCUCCCUGCUCAUCACCACACGACCCGUAGCCCUAGAGAAACUCCAACACUUAUUGGACCAUCCCCGCCAUGUGGAGAUCCUGGGUUUCUCAGAGGCCAGGAGGAAGGAAUAUUUCUUUAAGUAUUUCUCAGAUGGGCACCAAGCUAAGGAAGCCUUUAGGUUAAUUCAGGAGAAUGAGAUCCUCUUCACAAUGUGUUUUAUCCCCCUGGUUUGCUGGAUAGUGUGCACUGGGCUGAAGCAGCAGAUGGAGAGUGGAAAAUCCCUUGCUCAGACAUCCAAGACCACCACUGCUGUGUAUACCUUUUUUCUCUCAAGUUUAUUGCAGACCAGAGGAGGAACCCAGGAGCACCAUUUCCCUGCCAACCUACGAGGGCUCUGUUCUUUAGCUGCGGAUGGAAUCUGGAACCAGAAAAUCCUAUUUGAGGAGUAUGACCUCAGGAAUCAUGGCCUGCAGAAGGCCGAUGUGUCAGCUUUCCUGAGGAUGAACCUCUUUCAGAAGGAAGUGGACUGUGAGAAGUUCUACAGCUUUAUUCAUUUGACUUUCCAGGAGUUCUUUGCUGCCAUGUACUACCUGCUGGAAGAGGAGGAAGAGAGGGAAACGAGGAACAUGUCAUUGAGUUGUUUGAAGCUUCCCAACCGAGAUGUGACAGUCCUUCUUGAAAAUUACGGCAAAUUUGAAAAAGGAUAUCUGAUUUUUGUUGUUCGUUUCCUUUUUGGCCUUGUAAACCAGGAGAGAACCUCUUACCUGGAAAAAAAAUUAAGUUGCAAAAUCUCACAGCAAAUUAGGCAGGAGUUGCUCAAGUGGAUAGAAGCUAAAGCUAAGGCCAAGAAGCUGCAGACCCAGCCCAGCCAGCUAGAAUUGUUUUAUUGCUUGUACGAGAUGCAGGAGGAGGACUUUGUGCAAAGGGCCAUGGGCCAUUUCCCCAAAAUUGAGGUCAACCUCACCACUAGGAUGGACUAUGUAGUUUCUUCUUUUUGCAUUGAGAACAGUUGUCGUGUUGAAUCACUUUCCCUGGGUUUUUUUCACAACUUGCCCAAGGAGGAAGAAGAGGAGGAGGAGGAAGGUCGACGUCUUCCUGUGGUUAAUUGUGUUUCACCAUGUUCACAUGCUGCCUGUUCUUACCGUUUGGUGAACUGCUACCUCAUUUCCAGUUUUUCCAGGGACCUUUUCUCGGUCCUGAGCACUAACCCGAGCCUUACCGAAUUGGACCUUAGUGACAAUACUGUGGGGGACCCUGGAAUGAGGGUGUUGUGUGAAACCCUCCAGCAUCCUGGCUGUAACAUUCAGAGAUUGUGGUUGGGGCGGUGUGGUCUUACUCAUGACUGUUGCCUGGGCAUCUCCUCGGUCCUCUGCAGCAACCAGAAGCUGGUGGAACUGGACCUCAGCAACAAUACCCUGGGAGACUCUGGGGUCAAACAUUUGUGUGUGGGACUGCGGCAUUUAUUCUGCAAUCUGCAGAAGCUCUGGCUGGUCAGCUGCUGUCUCACAUCAGAUUGCUGUCCAGAUCUUGCGUCAGUCCUGACCACCAACCAGUCCCUGACCAGACUGUACAUGGGAGAAAAUGCCCUGGGAGAUGCAGGAGUUGGAAUUUUAUGUGAAAAAGCAAAGCAUCCACAAUGUAAACUGCAGAAAUUGGGAUUGGUGAAUUCUGGCCUUACAUCACUUUGUUGUCCAGCUCUGUCCUUGGCACUCAGCACUAACCCGAAUCUCACGCACCUUUACCUAAGGGACAAUGCUCUUGGAGACAAAGGGAUCAAGAUACUCUGUGAGGGCCUCAUGAACCCCAACUGUAAGCUUCAGAUGUUGGAAUUAGACAACUGCAGUCUCACCUCACACUGCUGCUGGGACCUGUCCACACUUCUGACCUCUAACCAGAGCUUGCAAGAGCUGAGCCUCGGCAGUAAUGACCUGGGCGACCUGGGUGUCAUCCUUCUUUGCGAAGUACUCAAACAACAGAGUUGCCUCCUGAGUAGCCUACACUUGUGUGACAUGUAUUUCAAUUAUGAGACAAGACAUGCAUUGGGAACACUUCAAGAAGAAAAGCCUGAGUUGACCAUUGUCUUUGAGCCUUCUUGGUAGUUAUGGAAGCAGGGGUGCCUGGCACCAUGUUCUAUAGCACUCAUGUUCCACGUGCACACAAGUGGGAAUGAAUGCUUCUCGAUCCAAGGUCAAGACCACAGCUCUGUGAUUCUUCUGGCCCAGAGUCAGAGAGUGGAAGCUUGCUGAUGGUGCCUUUAUGUAGGGGAUUUGAACAUCUUUGUUAUCCUCGGGUUGAAGACACCAUGGCAAUAAAAUCAUUAAGAUCAUAUUGUUCUAAUCAUAGUGCCUCAGUUAGAGGAUAUUUCGCCUUGGUGGCUUUGUGUGAUUAAUUCAUUCAAUAAAGCACUUUUUAUGUCUUUUUCUUCUCCUUUCACUCUCUCUAGUGCUCCUUUUCCUUCCAUCUUUUUCCCUUCUUCUGUUUACUUUUGUUGAUAUUAUCAUCUAUACCAUCUUUCUCUUAACUGACCAUGAUAUAGAAUGAGAUAAUUAUGUAUUAUGUUGCAAUUUUGUGGCAACACCUUAUUUAUUUUUAAUUUUUUGUAACAUUAAUAUUUUCUAAUAAAAAUAAUUUGUGUUUACUGUAGCUAUUUGGAGAUCAAAAUAAAAACUUCAUAGUAUUUAUUGAGUAUAA